CUUCCAUACAGUUAUCAUCAACUAAAUAUUUAAAUUAUGCACCAUGAUUCAUAGAUGAGUAUAUCUUACCAUCCGCUUGCAUAAGACAGUGAAAUACUAGCAACCACCAAAACCUUUCGCGGACCACUCUCUCUUUUUCUCUCUCUGAUAAAAAAGGAUGGAGAAAGAGGUUGCCAGUACCAUUUUAUUUUAACCAUUUUCCAUGCCAUAGCCAUAGCAUCUAUUUUUGUUGGGUGUGAUAAGAAGAUUAAGCUAUGGGCUUCUGGGGUUAUUACGUUUUCACUGUUAUCAAUACGCUUCUUAUGGUUAUCGCGUACAAAGGAAACGCAAGAAGUGACUGCGAUUUCUUUAGUGGGAGUUGGGUCAUUGAUGACAGCUACCCCCUCUACAACGCCUCGGCUGCGUGUUCCUUCAUUGAGAGAGAGUUCAGCUGCCAGAAGAACGGCCGUCCGGAUUUUCUGUACACCAAGUACAGAUGGAAACCAUCAGCCUGUGAUUUACAAAGUGGUGUGAAUUUCUUGGAAAGAUUUAGGAACAAAAGCAUCAUGUUUGUUGGGGAUUCUCUAAGUCGGAAUCAGUGGCAAUCGUUGACGUGCAUGCUUCACUCUUCAAUGCCCACUGCCAAAUACACCAUUGCAAGAGAAGGAGACGUCUCCACAUUUUCAUUCACGGAUUAUGGAAUUAAAGUGAUGUUGGAUCGGAAUGUCUACCUAGUGGACGUAGUACGUGAAAAGAUUGGCAGGGUCCUGAAACUUGAUUCAAUAGAGGCUGGCAAGCUCUGGAAAGGCAUUGACAUGCUUAUCUUUAACACCUGGCAUUGGUGGAACCGUAGAGGACCGGCUCAACCAUGGGAUUAUAUCAAAGUAGGAAAUGAGAUAAGAAAGGACAUGGAUCGUAUUCUUGCUUUCAAGGAAGCACUCACAACAUGGGGUAGCUGGGUGGAGUCAAAUAUUGAUCCUACAAAAACGCUGGUUUUCUUUCAGGGAAUUUCUCCGUCUCACUAUAAUGGCACGCAAUGGAAUGAGCCAAGAGCAAAAAGCUGUGUGAGGCAACAACAGCCAGUGUCGGGCUCAAUAUUUCCAGGAGGAAUACCUCUAGCUGUAGAUGUUCUCAAGAGCAUAUUGAGAAAUAUCACAAAGCCUGUCAAAUUUCUUGACAUAACACUCCUAUCCCUGCUUCGUAAAGAUGGACAUCCUUCAAUAUAUGGGCUGGGCAGGCCAACUAGAAUGGAUUGCAGCCAUUGGUGUCUUACUGGCGUUCCUGAUACUUGGAAUGAAAUUCUCUACAACAUGAUUCUUUGAAUUUAAUAUUUGAAAAUAAAAUAAUUCACAAUUCAUUUGUUUUGUUUUUUCUUUUAAUAAUGAAACGGUAACUGAAAGGAAAUUAAUGAGUUUUGUUAGCUCUGAAUUACAAUAGCUUUAUCAUAAUGAAGUUCAAAGCUGCUCUAAGAUUUACUACA